CCCCGCCCCUCCGCCAUUGCGGCCUCCGGCGCCGCCUCUUCCUCUGCGGCCUCCGGCCCUCGUCUGCUUCCGGCCCUGUUGCCUGGCCCGGCCCCGCGCGGUUCCCUCGGGACGAAGCCCUGGGCUGUGGCUCCCUUGGGGUGAGGGUCGAUAUCCCAUCCCGGGGACGAACUGUGUCCGCAAAGUGCAGGCUGGAACGGGUUCCCUGCACCGAGGGGCUUAGCAGAAGGGGGCCGCGAGGCCUCUGGGGCAGAGUGCAUCACCCCAUUGAGGAUGCUUAGCCUUACCCAGAGAGUCCAGGACCCCAGUUCAGCAGGCUUUCCCAGAUAGCCCCCCAUCACCGUACGCUUUCAGCAACAACGUACGCUGUCGUUGGAAGAAGUACGGGCUAGGCCUUGGAGACAUGGGUUGUCCUGUCCGGAAAGGAAUACAUACCCUUUGUGCUUUCUGGCAAAACGCGCUCGUGACAUUGGCGAUAAGGUUUAGAACGCCGAGCAUGAGGCGCUUGACGUGGUGGGCGUGUCGCUCCUCAGUUUUCACAUCCAUAAAAUGGCGAUGAAGCCUGAGGAAGCUCAGUCCUGAUGGUGUGAGGAUGUGGGCCCUGGACCCUUACCAGAAAGAGGUGCUGAGGUUUGCAGUGAGCUGCCGUGUCCUGACUCUAGCGUUACAGGCACUCUUCAACACCAUCAUCCCAGACCACCAUGCAGAUGCCUUUUCUCCUCCCCGCCUGGCCCCCUCCGGCUCUGUGGAUCAGCUUAUAGAAGGUUUUCUGGGUGGUCUGUCUCGUUGGGAUGCAGAACACUUCCUGUUUAUUGCUGAGCAUGGCUACCUUUAUGAGCACAACUAUGCCUUCUUCCCUGGCUUCCCCUUGGUCCUGCUGAUGGGAACUGAACUGUUGAGACCCUUGCAGGGCCUCUUGAACCAGCGCAGUUGCCUGCUGGUCUCAGUAGCACUUCUCAACUUCCUGUUCUCUGUGCUGGCUGCAGUCACACUUCACGACUUGGGUUGUCUGGUUUUGCAGUGUCCCCGCCAAGCCUUUAUUGCAGCGCUGCUCUUCUGCCUCAGCCCUGCCAAUGUUUUCUUGGCAGCUGGCUACUCAGAAGCUUUGUUUGCCUUCCUAACAUUUAGCGCCAUGGGGCAGCUGGAGAGGGCCCGGGGCUGGGCUAGUGGGCUGCUCUUUGCUCUUGCCACUGGUGUGCGCUCCAAUGGGCUGGUCAGUGUUGGCUUCCUCUUGCAUUCUCAGUGCAGAGGCUUUUUUUCUUCUCUUGUGGUACUGAACCCCUGGAAACAGCUCAUCCAGCUGCUGGCCUCUCUGUGCUUGUCAGUGCUCACAGUCAGCCUACCCUUUGCCCUCUUUCAGUAUUAUGCCUACACCCAGUUCUGUUUACGAGGCUCAGCCCACUCCAUUCCUGAGCCCUUGGUACAGUUAGCUGUGGACAAAGGCUACCGGACUGCAGGAGAGAAUGAGCCCCCGUGGUGCUCCUGGGACCUUCCUCUGAUAUACAGCUACAUCCAGGAUGUCUACUGGAAUGUUGGUCUUCUGCGCUACUAUGAGCUCAGGCAGCUGCCCAAUUUUCUGCUGGCUACACCAGUGGCUGUACUGGUCGUAUGGGCAGCCUGGACGUUCGUGAGCACCCACCCUUGGUUCUGCCUUACACUUGGGCUGCAAAGGAGCAAGGACAGUGAGAGGCUGGAGAAGCCCCGCCCUGGCUUCCUCAGUCCAAAGGUGUUUGUGUACCUGGUCCACGCUGCAGUGCUGCUGCUCUUCGGAGGUCUGUGCAUGCAUGUUCAGGUUCUCACCCGGUUUUUGGGCUCUUCCACUCCUAUUAUGUACUGGUUUUCAGCUCACUUGCUUCAGAGUCACGAACCACUGUUGAGAUCUGUGGACACUGCACCUGGGAGGCCUCUUGAGCACUCCCCACCAGGACAGAAGCCCCUCAGAAACUGUCUCAUGGAACUCCUAUACAACUGGAAGACUUGUUCUCCAGUCACAAAGUGCGUUCUGGCCUACUUCCUGACCUACUGGCUCCUGGGACUACUCCUCCAUUGCAACUUCCUGCCUUGGACUUGACCUGGAGUCUCAAGGGAUGAGCUAGAAGCUGAUGUAACCCAGGGUCUGAAAGCUACAAGACAUCCUGGCUGGGACUGCCCACACAUCCUGACAGCACUGUCCAUUAUGGUCUUCCUGUCUCUGGAGGCCAGUUAGGAGAGGAGACGGUGAGCACAGGAGCCCCUUC